AUGUCGUUCAACCGUGUCUCAUCAUUCGGAUCUCAGGACAGUGGCUACGAGACUGCCUCAAGUCAAGAGAGUGUAUCCUACACUGCCUCCAAACAACAGGACAAUACCAAAGAAGUAGCUAGACAUCGUCAACAUCUACUGGCUCAAGAACUGUCGAGGCAGGAUUCAGAAGAGUAUGGACAGGACAUGCUCGACCACAUGCUGAGAAUGGAUCAAGAGACCAUGCCCGACGUUGACAGCAUCGACAUUCAGACUGAGAUACAGUGGUUCAUGAGGCCAUACUUGCUUGACUUCCUCGUUGAAGCUCAUUCGGCUUUUCAAUUGCUCCCAGAGACCCUCUUCCUCACAGUCAACUUAUUGGACCGCUACUGUUCCAAGAGGGUCGUUUACAAACGUCAUUAUCAAUUGGUCGGAUGUGCCGCACUGCUGAUAGCCUCGAAAUAUGGUGACAAAAAGGAGAAGGUGCCAACAAUCAAGGAAUUGAAAUCAAUGUGCUGCUCCUUGUAUGAUGACGAUAUGUUCUUGCAGAUGGAAUGGCAUGUGCUGUCGACCAUCGGCUGGACCAUUGGCCAUCCUACUGUGGACAACUUCUUGCGCAUGGCCACCAGAGACAAUGUUCAGGAUCCUGAGGUUGAUAAUAUGGCCCUAUAUAUCCUGGAGAUUGCCCUCUACCACCGGGACUUUGUAUCUAAGAGAUCAUCACAACUGGCAUUGUCUGCAUUGGCCCUUGCACGAAACAUCCUUCGUCGCAAUGCAGCGAGACACACCGAGUGGGCGGCGACCUUCGAUGCCACAACCUUUCAGGAGCUGAUGCUCAAGAUCAACGAGCCUUCCCAGAUAUUGUCUCGGAAAUAUGCAUCUGCUCGACACUCUUGUGUAUCACGGACAUUAUCCCAUGUCCUGGCUCAGCAAGCAGCUGCUCAAGCACAGUUGACACAGGCCACUGCUUAUGACCUGACACCACCUUCAUCUCUAGGCAAGCCUGGCCACUACUUCCAGUCAUAUGCUACACCACAGAAGCCGGCUAUUCCUUCCAUCGUGCAGCACGGCCUGUAUACGCCACCCAUCACACCAGGUGAAGACAUGUUUGGUAUCACGCAGAAGACCUUCUCCUCGAAUCAAUACGUGCCUCCUACACCUACUGAAUACCAGCAAGGACAAUAUCAUUAUCAACCAUCGCACGUACAACCUACCAGUCACAGAUGGACAUCAGUCGACUCUUAG